AUGGCGCGCUUGAAUGAGCCGCCGGUGGUUGCUCCUCAGCUGUCGGCCGAUAACAUCGAGGUCGUCAAGCGCCGCUUCGUGCGGCAGAACCGCGAGCUGGCAAAGAUCAACUCGCAGCAGUCCAUGCGCAUCCGCGUCCUCGAAAGCGAUUGCUCACGCCUCCUCGCGGAAAACUUAGCCCUCCGCGAACGCGCAAUGCACCUCCAGCAUACAGUCGACAAGCAGAACAACAGUCCCUCGUUCGAGAAUAUCGAUGCCGUUAGGUCGCAAUUGGAGGCUAAGAUGCAGGAACUCGGGAGCUUGGUGGCUUCGUUAGGCCAACCAAAGCAGCCCGAGAGACGGCGCAAAAGCCAGCUGGUCAGACAUCGCCCGCAGGAGAGGAACUUCAGGAGUGGACUGUGCAUACAAGAAGUGGAGGACCGGAUGAUGCCCACCAUCGACGAGGGUCGGGACUACUCUCGACGCACCAUGAACGCAAACGAGAUCCGGAACAUGCUGGAAGAUGCUGACAGCCAAUCGCCCGACCUUGGUCCCCCGCCCACGUCAAGCUUCGAGGUAGAGGAACCUAUUGCAUUCGACCCCAACCCUGAAGCAGAUGGGCAAAUGGACGAUGCGCGGGUUGACGAUGCGCCUGCAGUGGACGAGCCGGCAUUACCGAUGAACUUAGAGACGCGGAAGAAGCGACGAGAAAGCGGGCCCAAGCUCAAUAUCCGCCGCAUAUCUGUGUUUGAAUCGCCUGAGGAAGCCAAAGAAAAGCCCGGCAAGCUUCCCCGCACUGGAGCUAAGAGGAAGUUCAGUGUGCAACAGGACGAAGAUCUGCUAGAGGCCCAGGACGAGGAUUUUAACUUCAGCCGCAAGAUCACCCAAGAAGUGGAGGCAGCCGGAGUUUCUGAGGAACAUGGAGCCACGUCACCUGUGCGGCCAGUCCUCGGUAGCAAAUCUGUCAACACUGAUCCAGUCUUAUCGCCAAAAAAGCAACGGUCGUCUGUCAAAGAGAAAGAGAAGCCAGAAAAGCCAGAGAAGAAGAAGCUGUCCAGCGCAAACCCUCGCGGGCGCCAGCGUCUUCCCAUCACCAGAACUGUUACACCGCCUGAGGUUCCUAUGUUCCCAAUACCCGAGCCCGUGGUCGUUGCAGAGAUCAAUCUUGACUCGCUCCCACCCGAGACCCCCGCAGCAGAAGCCAUUUUCUCUCCACCCUCCACAGAACCCUCGACAUCGCGAGCAGACAACAAGGAUACCCCUCCACCCGGCGAUGUAACAUCAGGAAACCAGACAGGACAGGCUGGACGCCCAUCACGAAGAGCACGCCCACAAGUCAGCUACAAGGAACCGAGUCUGGCUGUGAAGAUGCGCCGUGAAGGCAAGAUGGCUGACGCUAUUGUACCCCAGACAGACAGAAGAACGAGUGUGGAGAUACAGCUGGCACCUCUGACAACGGGAAGAGUACCGAUCAAGCGUGAGGGAGAAGAGGAGACCGAGGCGGGAAGUCCACUACGCCAGAAACUCGAUAGGCGCGAGAACGCUACACUACCAGAGCAAGCAGACUUCAGCAAGUCAACGUCCUCGAGAGCCAUUGCCGCAUUGAUUGAGCAAACCAGCACGAUCAGCCGGAGAGCCUCCUCGAACUUCGUAGGAAAGACUGCGGAUGAGCCCGCGUCUGAGCCUGUCGAGUCGGCCGAGCCCGCCCUAGAGGAAGAAGCACCCGAGAAAGACAACCUCGCCAUCUUUGACUUCAAUGAACUUUCACCAGCCAAAGUUGCAGCCCCACGCACCGACCUUGCCAAAGUAGCGCGCAGUGCUCGGCGGCACUCCUCUGUGCCUGCAUUGGCCACCGAAGAGCCUGGAAAUGCAGAUGCGUCGGCCUCGGUUCUUCACAAGCGCACAGGCAACGGGACAAUCAAGGCUAACAGCAUGAUCAGCCUGGCAAAGAGCACUUCUGCUGCUCGACUGAAUGCAAAGAAGGCAUCUGCGGCAGUACCUGCGGCUACAAAAGAUGGAGCAGCGAGUGAUGCCGAGAAGGCGAGCGCGACGAGCUCACUGAGAGCGGAGAGGAUAGCAAGUCGGAGGAAGAGCAUGAUGCUUUAG